AACUUUCACAUAACCCCUGUUUUCGUCUUUACAACACACAACACUCUCUCUUUCUCUCUCUCUCUCUCCUAAUUUGUGUAGGUAGUUCUCUCACAGAUUGGUUUCCUCUCUCUCUCUCUCUGUGUCCAGUUAGUUGUUUGUGAGUGAAAAUGUCAGACGAAUCAACAGCAACCUGCAUCGAUAUCCUCUUGGCCAUCAUCUUGCCUCCCCUUGGGGUCUUCCUCAAAUAUGGUUGCCAGGUAGAGUUCUGGAUUUGUGUGUUGCUGACCUUGUUUGGAUGGUUACCUGGAAUCAUCUAUGCUGUUUAUGCCAUCACCAAGUGAUUUAUCUAUCAUCCCCUCCCAUAUCCUCAUCUACUCUGUUUAGGUGGAGAUGUGAGGGUCAUAUUGAAAGGCCUUUUCAUAUCUGCUAAUGGAGGAGAUGGGUAUCUAAGGGGCUUGAUGGACAGUGCAUAUUUGGUGUUUUCAAAUUAUUUCAUUCUGUUUUUGGGAAUUUUUGUUUUUAAAUUAAUGGGUUAGGGGUGGGUUGGGAAUGGUGGUUGGUUUUGUGAUUAUGGUACUGUUGGUUUGUCAAUGUUACUUUAUAUAGUGUUUAUCUUCAAAUCAUAAAAUUGGUUUUCAGGUGUUUUUUGGAUUCUUGUGUAUGUACGGAUUUGUGGCUUAUUAAAUUAAUUGUCAUUGUGUUGUGUAACAAUAUUAUUAGUA